GCGAGAUAUAAACAUAAACAUUUGGCUCACGUGUUAAAUGAAAUCAGUGUAACUUAAUUUAUAUUUCUUAAGUAUGGAAGACGAUUUAGAUGCUGGUUUAAGUAUUGGUAUAAGUACCCAUCAUAGGAGAGAUCCACAUGAUUCAACAGAGCGACGGAAAAUAGUAGGAAACAGGGGUCAAAGAAUAAAAGCAAGAAAAAAUCUAAAAAGACAAAAGGAAAGGUAUGAAAACGGAACUCAGGACACAAGUGAAUAUGUGGUGAAUAAAAAACCACAAGAUGCUGAAAUCAUUGACAAUAUUGGAGGGAAAGCUGAAGGUACUAAUGUUGGAAAAGAUAAGAAAACAAGCUCAGAUAAAAGGCAGAAGGAGUCAGUGGGUAAAAAGCGACCGGGAGAUGUGAUUUCUUCAUUGUUCAGACAUAACCCUGACAUCCCUACUGUAAAAAGUGGUUCUGUGCAUCAGGUGAAGGAGAUAUUGUUUACCUCCGACAGUUUCCAGGAUACACCUCUUCACCCAUACAUGGUGUCAAACUUGGAAAAGCUGGGUUUCACCAAGAUGACCACUGUCCAACAUCUGACCAUCCCCAAACUGGUGGGUGGACAAGACCUCAUGGUCAAGUCACAGACUGGAUCAGGAAAAACAAUGGCCUACGCCAUCCCUAUCAUAGAGAACCUGGCUAGUGUUACUCCAAAACUUCAGAGAUCAGAUGGCUGUCAGGUCAUGGUUAUUGUCCCUACAAGGGAGUUGGCGCUACAAAGCUAUGAUGUGUUUGUAAAACUUUUAAAGCCAUUUACAUGGAUAGUUGCAGGCUGCAUUAUGGGAGGGGAGAAGAGGAAGGCUGAAAAGGCCAGGUUGCGUAAGGGAAUCAACAUCCUGGUGGCAACCCCAGGACGUCUGAUAGACCACAUAGAGAACACAGAGAGCUUCAGUCUGACUGCUGUUAAAUGGCUGGUACUGGAUGAGGCAGACAGGCUACUGGACCUGGGUUUUGAGGCAAAGGUUUCACAGAUCAUUCAAGCGCUGGACAGACAAUUCAGACAGACAAGACAGACUGUGCUGCUGUCUGCUACUCUAACUCCUGGUGUUGAACGACUUGCGGGGAUGUCAUUAAAAAAUCCGGAGAGGGUGUCAGUCAGCCAUGGUACAUCUUCAAACCAAAACAGUAAACUGCAAGUUAAAAACAAGUCUGCCUCACCUGCCAACGAGCAGGAAGAUACGAGUGUGGAAGAUGAGAGUAGCGAGUUUGCCAUCCCCGAGAGCCUGAAGCAGUAUUUCGUGAUUACCCCUUGCAAACUUAGGCUGGUCGUGUUGUUGACUCUGAUCCUGUCAAAGUGCAAGCGUGGAACGCAGACAAAGAUGCUGGUGUUUGUAUCGACGCAGGACGGUGUGGAGUUCCUAUAUAGACUGGUUACCUUUCUUUCCCGCGAGGCACAGUCUGACAGUGACGUGGAGGAGGAACACACAGCGACCAGUCGACACGUGCACAGACUGCAUGGGGAUAUGUCUCAGAAGGACAGGACUGCAACAUUUCAAGAUUUCUGUGAGGCAAAAGCGGGUGUGUUACUGUGUACAGAUGUGGCAGCCAGGGGUCUUCACCUGCCAUCUGUUCACUGGGUCGUGCAGUAUUCAUGUGCUGCGGGCAUCACAGACUAUGUACACAGAGUUGGGCGGACUGCGAGGGCGGGAACAGCUGGUAACACACUACUGUUCCUGUUGCCGUCGGAAACAGCAUUCCUGCAGCAACUUAACCAGAAAAAUAUCAGUCUAUCAGAGAUGAAGGUAGGAGAAAUACUGAAAGGUGUUAUGAAGUUGAUACCUGACCUGCCUGGCAUGGCAGAAACAGAGCGCCAGGCCCCUAACACUGUGGAGGAGGCAGCCACGUAUCUCCAGAAUUGCUGCGAGAUGUUUGUAAAAAACACACCCAAUAUAACUGCCCUUGCCAAGACAGCAUACCAGUCAUACAUCCGAGCCUAUGCAACAUAUCCUUACGAGUUGAAGCCCAUAUUUCACCUUCGGCAUCUUCACCUCGGGCACGUGGCCAAAACCUUUGGGCUCCGGGCGGCUCCUUCAGAUAUGUCAAACAUACAAGGGGUUGACAGGUCCACGCUGUCCGGCAAACGUAAACACCAGGGGGGCAAAGAUGACAGACCCCAAGCCAAGAAGCGCAGGACCCCAAUGUCUGAAUUUGCAGGACCUCUAAUGGUUAAGAUUCCAAAGAAGAAAACUGGUAAACAAAAACAGAAGAAGAAGACAAAGAAGCCUGUUAAGAAUAAAUGAGUUCAUGUAUUUAUUUCUUAUUUGUCUGUUAAAUAAUUAACAUGAAAUAGAAUAAACCUAAGUGUACGUAUAAA